UAUCAUGGCGGCGUUUGAGUUAUGUUAAACGCGAUUUGGCUAUAUUUACAAAAUGGAGUUAAACAAUUCACUCUUUAGUGACGAUGAAAUAGACGAGUGUGAAAAAAUCGGACAGGCGAACGCCUCCAAGAAAUGGCUGAGUUCUGCAUUUGCAUCACUUUCCCAGCUGGAGCAGGUCAAACCUAACGUGUACAAUGUUGGUUUGGUGGAUCCCAGGGAGCUCAAGGGAAGUAAUCUCACCAGUACCAACAAACGAAGUCAGAGCAUUACUGACCUGACCAGUAACCCACCUCUAUCAACAGUAGUUAACCAGAAAACGGCAUGGGGUAGUAAUGGGUCAAUACCUGACCUUGUCAAACAGGCAGGUGAGAUUGAUGUGCGUCCACAUCGGCCGGAGAGCGCCAAGGCAUCAUCCAGGAGAUACCGCCCACCCAGUGGGAAAAAGCCACGUCCAGAGAGUGCCAAGGAGAGAUCUCUCCCACCGCGCCCUCCCCCUAAAAUAUCUGUGAGGGGAGCUAAGUGUGACACUGCUGGUCGGCCAGCCAAACAGACGCCUUACCAGUCAGUGACUACAGGCUGGGCGGGUCCCCCUGCUGGGAUGAGGUACCCCGACUCCAAGGCAGAACAAGGCCAUGCCCCUUACUCAGUGCCGUGCACUCCACCACCUCCCCCCCAGGGAACCCCUGUUCCUCGUCUUGAUAUAGAUGUUGAAAUACCAAACACCAAUGAGGGAGACAGUGAGGAAGAUGACACAGUGAAGCUGAAGUACACAAAGACAAAAGUAGAGGCCCCUCACCCUGUCGAACUCCUGCGACGUCCCACACACGAGUCUCUCCACCUCAACCUCGACAUACCCACCAUGGAAGAGGAGGAAGUCGACGAAGACAGUGACCUUGACACUGAGAGAUUAUUGGAAAAGGCUGAAAUGUAUUCUACAAGUAAACAACACGAGGAUGAUGAGUCUAUCCAUAAAGUAACAGAAGCAAACCAGUCUGGUGACUUUGAUGAAUCCCAGGAUAAAACUGGUUACCCCUCCGUACCGGAGGUAGACGAGGAUGAGGACUCCUUCUCAUUCCAUAGUAGAAUAGAAUCCUCUUCAGACAGUGAUGGAUCCUGGACUGACGAGGAGGAGGAGCCCGUUAAACCAGUGGAAAAGUUGGUCGUUAAAUUCAGCGAGGAAAGAAAUGUGACGAUAGAUAUCACACCCCGGAAUACUAGACAUAAAAUAGGAAGAGUGUCACCAAGAGGUCAACAUAACCACCAAGGUCAGAGGUCAGGAGGCAAAGGUGAAGUUAGUGAGGAUGAUGAACAAAAACUACAGGCUGCUUUAUCUGUUAAAAGUGCCGCACCUCAACCAAUCAUAGGAAUUGUGGACUAUUCUGAGGAGAACACAACAAAUUAUGUGCCUCAAGUUACAGUGGUUAAGAAAAGUCAAAGACCAUCAUCAGCAGUAAUCAAACAAACAGAAAAAGAUGGAACAAAGAUGAGGCAACGUCCAAGUUCUGCUACAGUGAGACCUAGUAGUAAACCCGUAGGUAGGUCACUCAGUAAACCAGUCACACAGAUUAUAGUGGAUUAUGGAGAAGAGGAAAGAAGGAAGAAAACAAUACAAAAAAAAUUACGACGAAAAGAUGUUGUCACUAUGGUUGAACAGGUUUCAAUGUCAGAAGAUGAAAAUAGUGAAGAAUCUGAUGAGGACAUUGAAAUCACACCUGAACUACUUCGUCCUGGAUCCCCGACAAAGUGUACAUCAGAGCCAACCAAAAACUAUUACGAAAUAUCCAGACAAUCUGCCAUUGGUCGAUCAAGUGUGGUAGAUAAGAUGUUUGAAAAGUUGAAGGAGGGUGCAUCUGGACUAUCUACAACAAUGGUAACUGACCCUGGUGAAAAUGACUCAACGGAAAGUACUGUGGUGAAAAGUGUUCUGGAUUCCCAACUCCUACGUAUCAACGAGAAACAGAUGGUGGCUCAUCAGGUAGAUGUAAACAGGGAGAAAGCAAAAACCAUCAGACCUCCAAGUGCUAGGGUGCUGCAUAAGCCUCCUGUGGCCCGGACAGGAGAAUCAAAUGACCAUGAGCGACCAGGGUCAAGGCUGGGAUUUGUCGCGAUGGCACCUGAGCAAGCAUCAGAUCAAACGACCAGCAAGAAGGCUACUAGACGACCCCUCUCAGCACAAUCCAAACGAACAGCAACUCCAUCUAGUGGUGAAAAGAAGAAAGGUCACUCUGAUCCAGCAGGGGAUACCAUAACCAAUGUAUCGUCACAGCAGGAGAAUUCCCCUGAGGUCAAAGUCACAGGUUUCACUGAUAGGGAGAUAGAAAUCCAAAAUCUCAUGAAGAAACAUUUAACAAGACCUUUGUCUUCCAUCUCUAAUAAUCUCCCCUCACCCAAGUCGCCAAAGUCACCAAAAUCACCCAAAUGUAAAAUUCCGAAAUCUCCCACUGUUGUGUCAUCAGCUAGAUCGGGGUCAAAACCUUCAUCGGCAAGGUCAGAGUUGAAGGUAGGCUCGCCAAGGUCAAAGAAGGAGAAGACGAUUGACGAUAUGAUUGAGAAGCACCUGAAGCGUCCAGCGUCUGUGUUCACACCUGAUGUUAUGAAUGAAUCAAUGGGUGAUUCCUCGCCAUCACCGCCGUCAUCUCCAGUACCUGUUGUCAAGGAGACAGAUUCAUCAACACUACCACUACCAGGCACACUUAUAACGGGUACGACAGGUUCCUGUAUCCAUGGGUGUGCCCACGGACAUGGCCAUACAGGAGUACUGGGACUUACAGCUCAAACUAACGCAAAAUCUUCAUUCUACACAAGGGCAAAAUCAGCUCCAGUCAAGAGGAAAACAGCCAGCAAGGAACCCAAGAUCCGCUACACAAAACCUCUCUAUCUCAACACUGUCAACCAUAGUGAUUACCCUGAGACAGAAGAGGCCCAAGAAUGUACAGUGAUGCAGGCAAAGCUGGCAGCUAAAGGCGUCACCGUCAGCGCAAAAACAUUGGAGAGAGCCCUGUAUCCACCAUCAGGACAGACAACCUACUAUGAAAUCAAGGCUAACCUUCCAAGGUCACAGUCUCUAGGACUGCUGAGUCACCCCAAAGUAUGGCUGCCAGAUGAGUACAGGCAACUCAAGUCAGCAGAGAAAGCACUAGCUAAAGUGAAUGAAAUCAUGUACAUGCAGAAGAAGGCAGAAGAAAGGAAAGCAAAGAUAGCUGAUGGGACUCUGGUAAAGAAGAAGAAAAAGAAGGGAAAGAAAAGACCAACGUCAUCACUGAAGAGAAGCAAGAGUUUUAGUUAGAUAAACAGUGAUGUUGUCAAGUGUUUAAAUAUAUAUAUGUGUAGCUGGUGGUUUAGUUUCGUCAUGUUCAUGAUAACACAAAAUCAAAGAAUCAAAACAUCAUCUAUAGAUCAGCAGUAAAACUAGGUAAAUAAUCCCAUCUAUCAAAUUCUACUUUCAACAGUUAAAAGAUACAUUGAUAAUUUAACUUAAACAAUGUUCUUUAUUUGCUCCUAGAUGACAUUUUAAGAAAACUUUUACAUAGAUAAAUUAAUUGACCCUUAACAGACGUUUUCUUCCAUCCAUCCAGUCACAUGACAAGAAAAUUACAAAUGAUAGCAGGCGUGAAGACUCACAGAAUAGUUUAAUGCUGCUUAUAUAUUAAGGAAUGCUGAGAACAAAUAAUGUUUUUGAAGAGAGGAAGAUCAUAUGAAAAUUUGUGUAUUUUCAGAAUGGUAGUGUAGAAUGAACCAAUCAGUGAUUUUAUCAAAAGGAAAUACCUUUACUUUGUAAUUCAAAUCAUGUUCAGUAUAUUUUUGAAAUUCUAGAACUGCGGAGGUAUUUGUAGAAGUUAUUGUUUAUAUAUGGACUGCCUGCUACAUGAGUGUGGAGUGUGAUUGUAUUAAGAAAGCUAUGUGGUUUGUGAUUGUAUCAUACAAGGGGCAGCUUUCAUUACCUUAGUGACUUUGCGUCACAUAUACCAGAAAUAACUGGCUUGUUGAAUACAAUUACUUUACUUGUAAAAAUGAAAUGCAAAUCAUUGCUCUACCAGUUAUCAAACAUGUCUGCCCUAUCUGUAACACUGCUGACGACCUUUAUGCCUGUAUAAUGUAUAAGUAUUGAUCAAGUUGUUUAUAUUAAAUGGUCUGUGAUUUGCCUUCCAAUGAUCUGUGAUAUUUAUAGAUACUAAAACAAUUAAUUUCAUAAAUUAUAUGUUAGCCAUAACUAUUCAAAAUACAAACUACUUUUACAUAUGAUGCUGUGUGUAGCUUGAUACUGUGCAUAAUGUGCUUUGUGUGUUAUGUGCUUUGUGUGUAUUGUGAUUUGUGUGUAUUGUGAUACUGUGUGUUAAGUGAUGGUAAGACAUUGUGUUCUAAUUACUACUUGGGUGUGGUCCUGUGUCAACACUUUAUAAUACAGUAUACUGGAGAGGGGUGUGGUCCAGUGUCAACACUUUUUAAUAAAGUAUACUGGAGAGGGAUGUGGUCCAGUGUCAACAAUUUAAAGUAAAUCAUACUAGAGAGGGGUGUGGUCCUCUGUCAACCCUCUAUAUUAAAGUAUACUGGAGAGGGAUGUGGUCCUGUGUCAACCCUCUAUAAUAAAGUAUACUGGUCAAAUGUCACAUUUAACAAAGUAUACUGGAGAUGGUUGUGGUCAAAUGUCGCACUUAACAAAGUAUACUGGAGAUGGUUGUGGUCAAAUGUCACACUUAACAAAGUAUACUGGAGAUGGUUGUGGUCAAAUGUCAACACUUUACAAUAUAUACUGGAGAUGGGUGUGGUCAAGUGUCAACACUUAACAAAGUAUACUGGAGAUGGUUGUGGUCAAAUGUCAACACUUUACAAAGUAUACUGGAGAUGGUUGUGGUUCUGUGUCAACACUUAACAAAGUAUACUGGUGAUUGGUGUGGUCAAAUGUCAACACUGAACAAAGUAUACUGGAGAUGGUUGUGGUUCUGUGUCAACACUUAACAAAGUAUACUGGAGAUGGUUGUGGUUCUGUGUCAACACUUUACAAAGUGUACAUGUAAAGCAAUGAAAUUAUGUGUGAUGUUAUAAAAUGGGUUAAGAUAAUCAAACUAAUGUAAAUCAGGGACGUAUAGUGAAGUACUGUCCCUGUGUAAAUACAACAAUUUUUAUUGAAGUGCUUUUAUUAGAUUUGUGCCAAGGAGCACCAAGUAUUGUUGUUUGUGGUCAGUUUAUACAUGUGUAGUAAUUGGUGUUAACCCAGUAUUAUAUGUCUGUUGUCGUGCAGUUUAUACUGCUGUAAGAUUAGUGAGAAAAUGGUAUAAAAAAGUUUACUUUAAAUGUCCGUAUCAAAUAUGCUGGAUUUUUAAAUUGUCACAGAAUAAUAAGAUGUCUCUGACAUACCAAUGUAACAAUCUAUUUAUAUAUAAUGGUUUUUUAAAGAUAUUUGUACAUAAUAAUGUGGAAAACACGUCCACUCAGCAUACCAGGUAGA